CAGGCGGCUGGACAGCGACGCCGCCCACGGGCAUGGACCGCGGCAGCUGCAGCAGCAGUCGGGGCAGCAGCAGUCCGGCGCCCGGCCGGGAUGAGGAAGAGGCGCAGCGGCCCCAGGGGGAGUCCUCGGGGGCCCCAGACGACAGCUCCUCGGACAGGUCCCAGAGCAAGGCUGUGGCCCCUGAGGCAAGCCCAGAGAUAAGUUGUUCCCUCCACAGCUGCCCCCCUGAGGAACCCUCCAGCUCUUCGGCACCUCCACCAGCAACUUCCACCCUCCAGCCUGUGGGCCAGUCCAGCCCCUUGGCCCCUGCUCACUUCUCCUUUCCCAGAGCACCCCAGGAAUACCGGGGAGGCAGUUCCCUGCCAGGGCUUGGGGAUCGAGCAGCUCUGUGCACCCAUGGCUCUAGCCUCAGCCCUUCCCCGGCACCCUCACAGCGCGAUGGGGCCUGGAAGCCACCUUCUGCACAGCAUCAUAUGGUCAGCGUCAGGCAGGAGCGCACCUUCCGGAUGCCAAGGAGCUACUCCCAGUUGAUCGCUGAAUGGCCGGGCUUGGUGCUGCUGCUGUGUCUGACAUUCGUCCUCCUCUGCACCCUGGCAGGACUGCUAGGGGGCCAGCUGCCUGACUUCUCCAAGCCUUUGCUGGGUUUUGAGCCUCGGGACACAGACAUUGGCCGAAAGCUCGUGGUAUGGAGAGCCUUGCAAGCCCUCACAGGCUCUGGGAAGCUUCUGACACUUUCCCCAGAUGGGGAGCUGAACAGUUCAAACCCCCACAGCACUCUGAGUCCCACAGCUGGAAGCAGUCCCCAGGAGGGCCUGGUCCGACCACACAGGAUCAUAGCACCCCAGGAGGGCAGAGGUCAAGACAGCUUCUUCUGUGGCCCCCCUGAGAAGAACUAUGCCCAGCUGGUUUUCAUGUCCACCUCGGCGGGCAGCCUGUGGAACCUGCAUGCCAUCCACUCCAUGUGCCGCAUGGAAGAGAACCAGAUUCGCUCCCAUGCGCACUUCGGGGCUCUGUGCCAGCGGACAGCCGCCAACCAGUGCUGCCCCAGCUGGUCCCUGGGCAACUACGUGGCCGUGCUCUCCAAUCGCUCCUCCUGCCUGGAGACCACCCAAGCUGACGCCACCCGCACACUGGCCCUGCUGAGGGCCUGUGCCCUCUACUAUCACCGAGGACUCCUGGCCCCUCUGUGCCUGGGCCCCGGACGGGACAAGCCGCCACGCUGUGCCCAGCUGCCCGCCAAGUGCUCCGAGAGUCACGCCGUGUACCAGCUCCUGCACUUCCUACUGGACAGGGACUUUCUGAGUCCCCAGACAGCCGACUACCAAGUGCCUUCCCUCCAGUACAGUCUGCUCUUCCUGCCCACUCCCAAGGGGGCGUCCCUGAUGGCCAUCUACCUGGACCGCCUGGCGGCUCCCUGGGCGCUCUCGGACAACUACACGUCCGUCACCGGCAUGGACCUGGGCCUCAAGCAGGAGCUGCUCCGGCACUACCUGUCGCAGGACACCGUGUACCCCGCGCUGGCCCUGGCCAGCAUCUUCCUCAGCCUGGCCCUCUACCUGCGCUCGCUCUUCCUCACGCUCAUGGUGCUGCUGGGGGUGCUGGGCGCCCUGCUGGUGGCCUUCUGCCUGUACCACGUGGCCUUCCGCGUGGCCUACUUCCCGCCGGCCAACCUGGCGGCCCUCGUGCUGCUCAGCGGCGUGUGCGCCAACCACGCGCUCGUCUUCUUCGACCUGUGGCGCUUCAGCAAGAGCCAGCUGCCGGCGGCGGGGCUGGCGCCGCGCGUGGGCCGCACCAUGCACCACUUCGGCUACCUGCUGCUGGUGUCGGGGCUGACCACGGGCGCCGCCUUCUACGCGGGCUCCCUGAGCCGCCUGCCCGCCGUGCGCUGCUUCGCGCUCUACAUGGGCACGGCCGUGCUGGCGCACCUGGCGCUCGCGCCGGCCUGGCUGCCGUCGUCCGCCGUGCUGCACGAGCGCUACCUGGCGCGCGGCUGCGGGCCGGGCGCGCGGGGCGGCGGCGGGGGCGGCGGGGGCCGUUCGCGGGCCCUGGCCCUGGCGCUGGCGCGGCGGCUGCGCGGGCUGCGGCGGGCGGCGGCCGGCACGUCGCGCCUGCUGUUCCAGCGCCUGCUGCCGUGCGGCGUCAUCAAGUUCCGCUACAUCUGGGUGUGCUGGUUCGCCGCGCUGGCCGCCGGCGGCGCCUACAUCGCGGGGGUCAGCCCGCGCCUGCGGCUGCCCACGCUGCCGCCGGCCCGCGGCCAGGUCUUCCGGCCCAGCCACCCGUUCGAGCGCUUCGACGCCGAGUACCGCCAGCAGUUCCCGUUCGAGCGGCGGCCGCGGGGCGAGGGCGGCCCGAUGCCCGUGGCGCUGGUGUGGGGCGUCCUGCCCGUGGACACGGGGGACCCGCUGGACCCGCGCAGCAACACCUCGCUGGUGCGCGACCCGGCCUUCGCGGCCGGCGCGCCCGAGGCGCAGCGCUGGCUGCUGGCGCUGUGCCGCGGCGCCCGCAACCAGAGCUUCUUCGGGGAGCAGCCGGCCGGCGGCCCGACGCUGUGCUUCGUGGAGGCCCUGCAGCGCUGGAUGGACAGCCCGGCCUGCGCGCGCCUGGGGCCCGGCCCGUGCUGCGGCGCGGCGGGCUUCCCGUGGGCCGCCCCGCUCUUCCUGCACUGCCUGCGCGCCAUGGCGCUGGAGCGGGGCGCCGGCCGGCCGCGGGACCUGGGGCCGCGCUUCGGCGCGCGCGGCGACCUGGCCGCGCUGGUGCUGCAGUUCCAGAGCAGCGUGCCCUACAGCGCCGACUACGGCCGCGUGCACGGCUUCUACGCGCAGGUCAGCGGCUGGCUGGCGGCGCAGCUGCGCUCGGCGCCCGCGGGCCUGCGCCGGGGCUGGCUCACCAGCCGCCUGGAGCUGUACAGCCUGCAGCGCAGCCUGAGCACGGAGCCCGCGCUGGCGCUCGGCCUGGCGCUGGCGCUGGCCUUCGCCGCGCUGCUGCUCGGCACCUGGAACGUGCCGCUCAGCCUCUUCGCCGUGGCGGCCGUGGCCGGCACGGUGCUGCUCACCGUCGGGCUGCUGGUGCUGCUCGAGUGGCAGCUCAACACGGCCGAGGCGCUCUUCCUCUCGGCCGCCGCGGGCCUCGCGGCCGACUUCACCGUCAACUACUGCGUCGCCUACCACCUGUGCCCGCACCCCGACCGCCUGAGCCGCGUGGCCUGCUCCCUGCGCCAGACCAGCUGCGCCACCGCCGUGGGCGCCGCCGCGCUCUUCGCCGCCGGCGUGCUCAUGCUGCCCGCCACCGCGCUGCUCUACCGCAAGCUGGGCAUCGUGCUCAUGACGGUCAAGUGCGUCAGCUGCGGCUUCGCCAGCUUCUUCUUCCAGUCCCUCUGCUGCUUCUUCGGCCCCGAGAAGAACUGCGGGCAGAUCCUCUGGCCCUGCGCCCGCCGGCCCGGGGGCGCGGGGGGCCGCGCGCCGGCGGCCGAGCGGGCCGGCCGCCCCCGCCCGGGCCCGGGAGGAGGAGGCGCGGCCCCGGGGCUCUGCUCGGAGCAGUACGAGCUGCGGCCCCUGGCCCGACGCCGCAGCCCCAGCUUCGACACCAGCACCGCCACCAGCAAGCUGUCGCACCGGCCCUCCGUGCUGUCCGAAGACCUGCCGCUGCACGACGGGCCCUGCUGCCCCCGGCCCGCGCUGGGCCCGGCCUCCCCCCGGGAGCUGCUCCUGGACCACCGGGCGGUCUUCAGCCAGUGCCCGGCCCUGCAGACCUCCUCGCCCUACAGGCAGCCGGGCCCCAGCCCCCGCUCUCGGCGCAGGCACCACUCCCAGGCGCCGCGGGUCCAGGCCGUGCGGGCCUCGCCCCAAGCCCCGGCGCGCUCGCCCCCGCCCAGGGCCACGGAGCCUCCGGACGGCCUCUGCUCCUCGGCCAGCACCCUGGAGGGCCUCAGCGUCUCGGACGAGACCUGCCUCAGCGCCUCCGAGCCCAGCGCCCGGGUGCCCGACUCGGUGGGGGCGUCGCCGGAAGCCCUGGACGACGCCGGGCCCACGGUCCUGGAGCGGGGCCAGCUGAACGACAAGCGGGACACCCUGUGGCUGGCCCUGAAGGAGACCGUGUACGACCCGUCUCUGGCCGCCUCCCGCCAGAGCAGCUCCUCCUGGAAGGGCCGCGGGGGCCCGGGAGACGGCAGCCCUGUGGUGCUGCCCAACAGCCAGCCCGACCUGCCCGAUGUUUGGCUACGCAGGCCCAGCACCCACACUUCAGGCUACAGUAGCUGAGGAGGCUCCAGGGACUGGGCAGGAGCCCCGAAAGCUCCCAGAAUUGACAGGCAGGCGUGCCC